AUAUUGACAGUUGAUUGGUCGGCAUAAAUGAGUAACGGUAAAAAACUUAUUUACAAUGCCAGUAGUAAUGCUCCUUGUAUAUAUUGUUACCAUACUAACGGCAACUAUUGGAUGUAAUGGAAUCAGACACGAUAAUUUAACAAAUUUUGAUACGCGCGAGAAUUCGUAUUUAGUUGAAUGUGAUAACAAACCCUAUGGUUACAAGAUCCCUGAUCUAACCGAUUGUUUUGGAUAUUUUAUAUGUCAUGGCGACAUGAUCAUUCAACAAUAUUGCCCGCUUGGUGAACGGUUCAAUACUUCGCUGCAAAGCUGCCAGCUUGGAAAAUGCCCACCCUGUAGUUGUGAAAAUUGCGCCGGCGGAAAUGAUAGCGAUGGUAUCGAUUGCAGUGUAGCUCCAAAUGGUGCUCGUUUUGGGGAUGUCACACAUUGCCGAUAUUUCUGGCAAUGCGUGAACGGACGUGCGGUCCGACUCUUUUGCGAACGAGGAAUGUGGUACGACCGCGUCAGAUAUGUUUGUAAUUUUCCGGCGCUUGUAAAUAACUGUCCCGCCAAUCGAGACUAGAAAAAGUGCAAAUAAAUAAUUUCGA